AUGCCUGUCGACCAAGAUGGUGUUGAGGCACAGAAAAUAGUGCAAGACAUUGGUGGAAUCGAUAUAAAAGAUGAAUGUGCAGGUGGUGCUGGUAUUAAUCACAAUCAGAAUAGUGGCAUCCUAUGGAAAAAUAAGUUACCCAGUAAUUCUGGCUCGCAAAAGGAUGCAACAGUUGGAUCUUUGUCUUUUAAUGUUAUCGAUGCAUCACCUAACAAACAAACGAGGGAGUUUUCCAAACAAGAAGCAUCAAAAGAUGCUGGAAAUUCGCUUAAGGCUUCACAGGAACUGAAGAAUCCUGCAAGGAAGCCUGCACCACGCACCAAGGUUCCUUUUGAGAAGGGGUAUAGCCAGAUGGAUUGGCUUAAGCUUACCCGUACACAUCCUGACCUGGCAGGGUUAAAGGGACAGUCAAAUAGGAGGCAAAUACCUAUGAAUGAAGUUAAGCAACAUCAAGUAGAAGGCUCCCUGUGGACUGUUCUUAAAGGCCACGUUUACAAUCUAGCCCCAUACAUGAAAUUUCAUCCAGGAGACCAUCAUUAUGUGCACUUCAUUGGUCUAUUGAGUGUUCAACUUAUCAUAAGAGGUGUUGAUAUUUUAAUGAAGGCCGUCGGAAAAGAUUGCACCUCUUUAUUCAAAAGGAGGACCUAGUUUUAUUGAAUUUGGCUGCUGCAGGCUCAUACACAGUUUCAUGGACUGCUAGGGAUGAUGAUUUGAAUACACCGCAUCUUUAGAGCAUAAAAACUGGGGUUAUGACUCAAGUACGUGAAGAAUAAGCUUAUGAGACUGUAGAAGCAACCAAAAUGGCUCUGUCCAUAGCAAUUCUUUCGACAAACUAGAUUGUCAAAAUCUCACACUUAUUUGUGUACUA